UGUGCAGCUCUCAGCCUGGCUGCAGGUCCUGGAUCAGGUCUGAUGGUGCUUGAAAUCAUGGAUGAGUCAGCGUUGGAGCGUUACUUUGAUGACUCCAUUGCAAAUGACUCCAGCUUCAUUUUGGGGGAGGAGCUGGGCCUCCAGUGCCCUGCCCCCUCACUGGCGGGGAAGGCGGGACCGAGUGGCGAGCUGGGGGAGGAGCUCGACCUCAGCUUCCUACCUGAUGACCUCAGCACGCAGGAGGAGCCGAGUCGUCAUGAUGACACAGCGGCGAGUCACACGGCAGCUCUGGACCUGUCUCACGACAGCGCCAUCUGUCUGGACUUCAACUCCCAGGAUUCCACAGCAGCAGCAGCUGAACCCCAGAAGGGGCCGUCCAUGGCGGCACUGGUCGCCUCCCCCUUCUGUCCCAUGACCCCGAUGACCCCCAUGACCCCUGUUACCCCAGUGACCGAGAGGUCAGGAAUCAUCCCGCAGCUACAAAACAUCGUCUCCACGGUGAACCUCGGCUGUCCUCUGGAUCUGAAGUUCAUCGCCCUCCAAGCCAGAAAUGCAGAGUACAACCCGAAGCGUUUCGCGGCCGUCAUCAUGAGGAUCAGAGAGCCUCGGACCACCGCGCUCAUCUUCAGCUCCGGGAAGAUGGUCUGCACCGGAGCCAAGAGUGAGGAGCAGUCGCGGCUCGCAGCGAGGAAAUACGCCCGCGUGGUCCAGAAACUGGGCUUCCCUGCCCGCUUCCUGGACUUUAAGAUCCAGAACAUGGUGGCGAGCUGCGACGUCUGUUUCCCCAUCAGACUGGAGGGCCUGGUCCUGACGCACCAGCAGUUCAGCAGUUAUGAGCCGGAGCUGUUUCCGGGCCUCAUCUACCGCAUGGUGAAGCCUCGCAUCGUCCUGCUCAUCUUCGUGUCCGGGAAAGUUGUCCUGACAGGAGCUAAAGAACGAGCUGAGAUCUAUGAGGCGUUUGAGAACAUUUAUCCCAUCCUGAGAGGCUUCAGGAAACAGUGACGUCACUUCCUGUUUAUGUGUAAAUAAUAUUUAGUGUGAAUCUGUUUUAUUUUGUGUUGUGGAUGGAAAAUGAGUCAGCUCUUUGUUUUAAAGUCUCUGUUGAAAGAAAAUAAAUGGGUCUGACAAAAUUC